UUUGGAAAAAUAAGGGCUGCGUUUCAUGUAGGCUUAUCCUGGCGUGACAUUUUGAUAACCGUGUAAAACUCUCUAGGACAAUGUGACUAACAGUAUAUCUGCCUGUAUUUACCUCCCAAAAAUGAAAUGCUCAUUGGCUGCUAAUGUGGCCAUCAUAAAGACCUACAAAUGCCAUGAUCUGGACGAGACUGCCGAAUCAAGGCAAAGAGAUGUUGGAGGAGGAACAUACAGACAGACAGCACCAACUUGCCAUGUUGUGUCAGAAGCUCGACCGAAUUAAAACAAGAUGUCUAAUCGAAGAUGACACUGAUAAUAUCAACCAGGCCAUUGGCUCAAAUUCGCCUGAAACCUGUCUCGCAUAUCUGAUGGUCUUGGAGAAGAAAGGAGACCCUCACUUGGAUCCUAGUCAUCUCACAAAGCUUACAGACUUCUAUACCCGUGUAUUCUCAACUAUGCCACUGGGAAAACACUGCCAAAAUGAGAGCUAUGCCAGGAUGCUGGUCAGAUUUGCAGAGCUGAAUGUAAUUCAAGACCCCAGUGGGGCAGAGGGCAACUUCAAUGUUGCGACUACACACUGCCAGGAUUUCGCUUUUGUCCACAUUGCACACGCUCAGUUUGAACUGUCACAAGGCAACACCAAGAAAAGUACUUGGAUACUUCAGAGGGCCAUUGAACUGAAUGCCAAACCCAACGACCUGCUGGAGGCUGCUAUGCAGAACUUGACACUGGGCAAGGCAGAACUUCUGUCCUCUGAGGAUAAGGAAAAUGUACCAGUCUCAACUUAUAAUAUAAAUGGUUCUGCAAAAAAUGGCAAAGAAUUUCGCAAAGUCUCCAGAAACUCCGACGGUACAGGCGACUUGCAGCUCUCCAGUAUAUUUUCUUCAGGAACAAUGGAACCACGGAAUGGACCCUUAGAGGACCAGGCUCCAGCUUGGAGGUCUGGGUCGCAACGAAAGAGAGCCGUUGGCAUACCAGGGAGAGUGCCUGUAGUCCACUGCUCUAUCUCAGAAAUGGAUGAUGAUGACAGUGAUGGAAGACAGGUGACGAGGAGGGAGGCUCUCAUCCCAAGUAGCUUGUCCAGGCAAACAUCUGGUUCAAGUGCCAUGUUUACCUUAUCCUCCCAAAAGCGUGUUGAAGAUGGGGACUUACUCAAUCUAAAGACACCAAUCAUUAGCCCUGAGCCACGCCCAUGGGAGGACAUGGGAAUGGUGGACUCCACCACUACACUGUUGCAAAGGCAAGAUAGGAGAGAUGCCACUAGGAUGGAAGAUACCACUGACAACAUAAACCAGAUAAUCGGUUCCAGCUCCCCUGAGGCUUGCCGGAUUUAUCUGACCAAGCUGGAGAAGAGGGGCAAUCCUCAGACAGACACCAACCUUCUCCUAAAGCUGAAGGACUGCUAUUCCAGAGUCUUCUCCAGACUGCCGCUGGGAAUGUACAGCAAAAACGAAAGCUAUGCCAAGAUGCUGGUCCGAUUUGCCGAACUCAAAGGUAUUGAUGACCCAGAUGAUGCUCGGGACAACUUCAUCGUUGUGAGAUCCAACUGCAAAGGCUUUGCCUUUGUGCACAUAGCACAUGCUCAGUUUGAGGUGGCGCAAGGUCAGGUCAAGAAAGGCACCUCAAUACUACAGAAAGCCCUUCAGGUGAACGCAAAGCCCACUGAACUAAUUGAGACGGCAAUGCAGAAGCUAAAAGCCGGGAAUUACCAGUUUCUCCCCGCAGAAGACCGAGAGUGUGUCCCAGAGCCACAGUCCCACGGGUCAUUGAGUCUGUCAAACUAUUGUAGAGAGAGGGAGCCGGAGAUUCCCGCCCGUUUACCUCUGAGCCAGACACAGCCCAAACCCUCUAGCAUGGAGCUGUCUUCAGGCUGGAAAAUGCCAGCCCGUGUCAGCCGAGUCGUGUCUCCAGAGGAGAAGCACACCCCUCCUGAUCUCAGGCCCAUUCCACGUCUGGUGGAUUCUCUGCCCACCCCAUCCCUCCCUCUCCCGUCCAGACUCAACCCACCCGUCGCCUGCCAGACACCCAACAACAAAGACCCCAGGGCCAACAGUUACGUUACCCCCGUGGUCAAGAGGAACCCCCCGUUUGCGGCCCCUCUCUCAGCAGCCCAUAAAGCCGGCCCUGACCAGCAGCAGCCGUGCACCCCCCUCAGCCAGGCGUCCUAUGCUCAACAGACCCACCAGGGUUCCACCGCUGCUCUCUCAAACGAGUCCAUCGUGAUAAAGGGCAAACGGUUCCUUGUCCUGAAAAUGAUUGGCCGAGGUGGAUCCAGUAAGGUGUACCAGGUUCUGGACCAACGGAAUCAGCUGUUUGCUGUGAAGUAUGUGAACCUGGAGGAGGCUGAUCCCCAGACAGUGGAGAGCUACAAGAACGAGAUAGAGCAUCUCAAUCACCUGCAGCAGUACAGUGAUCAGAUCAUCAAGCUGUAUGAUUAUGAAAUAACAAACAGCUACAUCUACAUGCUGAUGGAAUGUGGUAACCUGGACCUCAACACCUGGCUACGAAACCGUAAAACUGUCAACCCGCUGGAGAGGAAGUUCUACUGGAAGAAUAUGCUGGAGGCAGUCCAGACCAUCCACAAACAUGGUUAUCUCUCCAUCUGUCUUGAACUCUAUCUCUCUUCAUCAGUAACAAUUAUGUUUUCUAAAGUUCCUCAUACCCAAACAUUGCACUCUAUAAGAGUCCUUUUAGUUUUUUCAGUAACUUUUUUGUGUGUAGGUAUUGUCCAUAGUGACUUGAAGCCAGCCAAUUUUGUGAUUGUGAAUGCCUCGCUGAAAUUGAUCGACUUUGGCAUUGCAAACCGCAUCCAGCCUGAUGUGACAAGCAUUAUGAAAGAUUCUCAGGUGGGGACCUUGAACUACAUGCCCCCCGAAGCAAUCAAAGACACCUCCUCCCAGCCAGGGAAGGCAAGCUUUAAGAUUAGUACUAAAGGUGAUGUGUGGUCCCUUGGUUGCAUCAUGUACUGCAUGACCUAUGGGAAGACUCCAUUCCAGACCAUCACCAACCAGAUCACCAAGCUACACGCCAUCAUUGACCCGACCCAUGAGAUAGAGUUCCCUGACAUUGCAGAGAAGGAUCUGCUAGAUGUGUUGAAGAGGUGCUUGGUACGGAACCCUAGAGAGCGGAUUUCCAUCGCGGAGCUGCUGGCGCAUUCAUACCUAAAGCUUCAGUCUCAGCAACAGUCACCUGUGCCAGCACCUCCUGACAAUAACGAUCUGAAAAGGAUCCUCAACGAGCUCGCUGCCUUACAGUCUCCCAACAGCAUUGCCAGGGCUGCUCAUAACUUGGCGAAAAUGUGUAACAGUGGUCGGAAACUGGACGCUGCAGGGUGUGUAAAGUCAUCCAGCCUGCUCAACUGGAAGAUGUGAUCUGGCCAUGUAGAUGCUCCACUGAUGGCUUAAAAACCCACAUAGGGGUCAGCAGAUGGGAUUCCAUAUCUAGCCUAAGUCAUGCUUUACCCAAGAGAUACUGCCCAUGCCAUGCUUCAGCACAACCCGAAAAAUACAUCCUGCUUGGCAGUACACUGGCCUUGUUUGAAUACUUUGAAAAUGUAUCCUUCCUUCCCCGUCUUGAAGAAGUCACUGAUCUGACAUGUCUGGAUUGGUGAAAGCUAUGAAGUGGAACCUAUGCUUUUAUUCUAUCCAAGUAUGUUAGAUCAGUGCUGACACAGGAUGAGAGGAAAAAAGGAAGCAUUUUAACAGUUUUUAAGCAGGGUCCAUAUCUGCCCUACAGAGCUCUACCAUCUCCAUGUUUUAUCCUCUCAUGUCCUCAUGACUUCCCCUUGCUUGCAUCUUGAAGGAUACAGAUCUACACAUAUUAUUUUUUUUAAAGAAUUUUUUUUGUGUUUCUUUACUUUACACAUUUUACUGUACUCUCAAACAUGUAACUGCAAAAAAUUCUCAAAUAAACUAGCUAACCGAUGUUUA